UCUCGUGUACCGCUCUGACCACGCCGCCCCGCAGGGAACUACCGGACACAGCUGUGGGACAAACAGUCAGAAUCCUUCCUGCCCUCCACGCCGGGGCUGGGGAUGCACGUGGAAGUGAAGGACCCCGAUGGCAAGGUGGUGCUGUCGAGGCAGUACGGCUCUGAGGGCCGCUUCACCUUCACGUCCCACACGCCUGGUGAGCACCAGAUCUGCCUGCACUCCAAUUCCACCCGCAUGGCUCUGUUUGCUGGAGGCAAACUGAGGGUGCACCUGGACAUCCAGGUGGGUGAGCACACCAACAAUUACCCCGAGAUCGCAGCCAAGGACAAACUGACCGAGCUGCAGCUGCGUGCCCGCCAGCUGCUGGACCAGGUGGAGCAGAUCCAGAAGGAGCAGAACUACCAACGGUACCGAGAGGAACGCUUUAGGAUGACAAGUGAGAGCACCAACCAACGCGUGCUCUGGUGGUCCAUCGCCCAGACCGUCAUCCUCAUCCUCACCGGCAUCUGGCAGAUGAGGCACCUCAAAAGUUUCUUC